UCCGGGGAGAGCGAAUAUAGUGAAUGCAGGGUCCUGGGAGAGCGGAUAUAGUGAAUGCAGGGUCCGAGGAGAGCGGAUAUAGGGAAUGCGGGCCGGGAGAGAGCGGAUAUAGUGAAUGCGGGGUCCGGGGAGAGCGGAUAUAGUGAAUGCAGGGUCCGGGGAGAGCGGAUAUAGUGAAUGCAGGGUCCGGGGAGAGCGGAUAUAGUGAAUGCAGGGUCCCGGGGAGAGCGAAUAUAGUGAAUGCAGGGUCCGGGAGAGCAGAUAUAGUGAAUGCGGGUCCGGGGAGAGCGGAUAUAGUGAAUGCGGGGUCCGGGGAGAGCGGAUAUAGUGAAUGCGGGGUCCGGGGAGAGGGGAUAUAGUGAAUGCGGGGUCCGGGGAGAGCGGAUUUAAUGAAUGCGGGGUCCGGGGAGAGCAGAUAUAGGAAUGCAGGGUCCGGAGAGAGAGCAGACAGUGCAGAGUAUUUCAGGAGAGGAGAGUUAUAGAGGAAGGAGCAGAGUCC